AGAAUGAGAGAGAGAGCAGGAAGAGAGGAGAGGAAAAGAGAGAGAAAGGAUAACUGGAGGGAUUGAUGAGAGGGGAGACAUGGGACAUGGGUGAUGAACAUGGGUGGAGGGGGGAUUGAGAUGGACAUGGAUCUGGUUCCAAUCUCCAGUAGUCGUAGUCGUAGUGAAGAGGUCGUCGAUUCUGGCUGGGCUCAACACUACCACUACCAGCCAACCUACUAUACUACUAUACCCUCAACCAACAAUCCAGCCUUUCCUUCGCUUCUCUUCUCAUCAUUCACUCUCUACUCAUAUUCAACGCUUGUCCCUCUUCCGAUCAUUUUAUUCAAUCCCCCUCAGUCCUCUCUCUCUCUUGUCAUUCUCCCUCUCGUUGUUCAUUCGUACGCCGUGGUCAUCGUCGUACUGUGUUUAUAUCGUACCACCCUCAUAUCACCCUCACCCCCCUACUUCACUCGUCACCUUCAGCCGACGCGGUGUCUCUCGAUCGAUAUACCCUUUUCUCCUCCUCCUUCCUUGUGCUCGUGCUUGCCUCGUCUAGGCAUAUUUCACUUGUGCAACCCCAGGCAGUAGCUGCGCUGGAUCGAAAGCUCUGCUCUCUCGCUUUCUCUUCCCUCAAACGCUCUUGAACCACCUUCGCCCCAAGACAUCGAUCGCAAACAAAUCUGGUAGAGCAUUGAUCUCAAGACAUUGGCCCAUUUCGUUAACCCCCCUGUUGGCUCCGAACCUCUUUGAGCUACCCCCUUCGAAUCGCCAUAAAAGUCCCCCAA